AUGAAGGACACGCGCGUGACCUUCAAGCGGCGCCACGCGUACAACACCAAGUCGAACGUGCUCAAGGCGGUCAAGACGCCCGGCGGGCGCCUCGUCGGCCACUACGCGUCCAAGAAGCGCCAGGGCCCCAAGUGCGGCGACUGCAAGUGCUCCCUCCCGGGCAUCAAGCACCUCUCGAGCUUCUCCUACAAGAACACGCACAAGCGCGAGCGCACGGUGUCGCGCGCCUACGGCGGCAGCCGGUGCGCGGGCUGCGUGCGCCAGCGCGUCGUCCGCGCCUUCCUCAUCGAGGAGCAGAAGAUCGUCAAGCAGAUGAUGAUGGAGAAGUCGAAGAAGGCGCCCAAGGCGUAG